AUGGAGGCGAUGUAUAGGCUGGUGAAGGAGUACAAGUCCGAUAGCGCUACUAUCACAAAUGUUAAGCCGGAGAUGGUGAACUUGCAUGUGGCAUGUGGAAAAUGUGGGAAGGGCAUCAUCGUGGUUCUAAAUCUUAAAUAUUUCGAAACGACUGGACCUGAAUCAUGUUGUGAACAACGCUUGGAUAUAAGUGUCAAGCCGCAGUUAGAUGAAGAACAAGCUACUGUGGGACUCGUCUCUGUUGUAGGAAACUUUAAUAUUCAAGUAAAAGAGAUAAUUGACGACGAUGUGGAGUGUGAUAAAAAAAUGAAGAAGGUGGAGCGAACGAAGUUCCUACCAAAGAUGGCUAAAGAGAAGAGGAUGAAAGAGAUGGAGAAUGAGAUGGUGGGCUGGGACGAGGAGCAGAAGAAGGCGGAGAUGAUGAAAAGGUUGAAGGAGAAAGUGGAAAUGGAGGUGGAAGUGAAGGUGAAAGAUUCUGCUCUAUCUUCACUAAGCUGGAGUGACCUUAUCAACGAAGAUGAAAGAAUCAAUGCGAUGCGCAUAAUUGUGAUUCCAAUUUCCAAAUAG